GUCUCUACACACUCACACUCACACUCACACACACACACACGCGGGAGCGCGCGCGCAGGGUCGCAUCACGCCAUCGGAAUCUCCGCCAGCUGCGCAGACUCAGAGACUCAGCAGCGUCACAUCAGGGUCUUCCGUCCUCUGCGUGGAUUUAGUGAGUUAUUUAUUUCAUUAGCUUAUAUAACACACACCGACUUCACACACACUCGCACACACACUCUCUGUCCGCACUGAUCGUCCUCAGCCUCAGCGCAGACUGCACCGGUCCUCCUGUCAUACCAGAGUCGACAGUCCUGACCUGAAACCACUGAUCCUGAGUGUCACUCUUAGUCGGGCUUCUCCGAGCAGACGGACAGACCACAGAGUCAGCAUCAUCCUCCUCCCCCAUCCUCCUCUUCCUCCUGUCACAUCCAACAUGGCCGACCACAGCCUCACGUCGCCCUCCAGGACGCCGCUGCGCUCCCCCAACAACUCCCUCACCCUCUCCUUCCCCUUCCUGAGGGAGGGGAGUCGAGUGUGGGAGGACGGGAGGGAGCAGCCGCUGCCGAGGGACCUCCCGAGCCCGCUGCCGACCAAACGGACCCGGACCUACUCCGCCACGGUGAGAGCUCACUCCGGUCCCGUCUAUAAAGGCGUGUGCAAGAACUUCUGCAGGUCACAAGGUCACGGCUUCCUCCGACCCUCACACGGCGGCGAGGACAUCUUUGUUCACAUCUCAGACAUCGAAGGCGAGUACGUCCCGGUCGAAGGCGACGAGGUCACGUUCAAAAUCAGCCGGGUUCCUCCGAAGAACCUGAAGGUGCAGGCGGUGGAGGUGAAGAUCAUACACCUGAACCCGGGGUCCAAACACGAGACCUGGUCCGGGCAGAUCAUCAGCUCAUAGGCCGGGCUUCAGGGACUGUGGGGUGGGCGGGGCAUGGGGCGGGGUUGCUGGGUGGGCGUGGCACGGAGAUUGCUGGGUGGGCGGGGCCUGUUUGGUGUGGUAGCAUCACUAACUUUCAUUCUGAGCUGACGUAGUUUUAAUUACUGACGUUUCACCGUCGCAGCAGGAGGGGGACGUGCGUCUGCUGCUCCUGAAACUCUUCUUCGUUCUUCUUCUCGUCGUAGGAAAGAUCAUUUUAUAUUUUCUCAUCUGUAGUUUUUAUUUAGUGUCGACGUGAACAACAGAGAGGACAAACACCGGGUCCAGUUUCACUUCCCUCCUCUGCAGCUGUUGUUUACUUCACUGAGGUCUGCGUGGUCACAUGUCAGAGCAGACUGUGGUCAGCUGACGAGUCGUCACAUUGUGUUUGUUUCACAUCAGAUUAAAACUUUAAUUUAACUCCAGCCGUGAUGGAAGUGAAAGAGAAGGAGGGAUGGAGGAGAAGAGGAGUGCUGCUGGGUGGAUCUCAUGACCCCACAGUUUGUUUUUCUGUGUCAUCGUGUAGAAACGAAACCUCAGAGAGGAAGAUGAAAGAGGUGUGAGUUUAUGAUGAAUAAAAACAGGAGCUGAAGAAGAUAGAGAGGAGGAGAGAGGAGGAGAGAGGAGGAGAGAGGAGGAGAGAGGAGGAGAGAGGAGAACCUGAGUGAACCGAUCACUUGAACCCAGCAUGGACUUUAUAAUAAAUAUAUUUUACUGUGAAUGAAGACUUUCCUGAAAAAUGCAUAUCCAUGUUUGUGUUGCUCGUGAUUAUUUAUUUGAUUUGUUCAGAUGUGUGUGUGUGUGUGUGUGUGUGUGUGUGUGUGUGUGUGUGUGUGUGUGUGUGUGUGUGUGUGUCAGCUUGGAUAUUUCUGGUAAACAAAGCUUAUCAGCAGAGAUGUGAUCUGGUUCUGUGAGAGCUGUUUCCAGAGUUCCUGCUUCCUGUUGGACUUCCUGUUGGACUUCCUGUUGGACUUCCUGUUGGACUUCCUGUUCCUAAGCAGCAGAAACAUUUCUAUCUUUUCUAUUGUUCUGAAAUAGAAACUCGUCUGUGUGUCUGCUGAGCGUCGUGACAUCUAUAGCUCUUCACUUCUGUGUUAUUUCUCUCUCUUGUGUGUUUCAUGGAGUGUUUGUUGAACUUGUCUCUGUGUCUUCUCUGUGUCUCUGUCUCAUUGCCUGAACCCGUAACUCUUGUUUCUGACACUUUAAGGGCACUUUGUUUGUGGAGCCUCUCUGCAGGUGAUCCACGCUCUCCUCCUGAGCCUUCAGAUAACAUUAAAACAUUUUAUGAUUCACACACA